GCAGAGGGUGAGACAGCAGAGGGUGAGGCAGCAGAGGGUGAGGCAGCAGAGGGUGAGACAGCAGAGGGUGAGACAGCAGAGGGUGAGGCAGCAGAGGGUGAGGUAAUCAGGGUGAGCGAGUCGCAGACAGAAACAGAUGGGAGGUUUUAUUUUCCUGUAGACUGACGGAGGACCAGCUGGAGUCCACUGAAGAUGAAUCUGGCUCUGAUCCACGACCGGCUUCACAUCAAGACGUUCUGGGAGAAAAGAAUCGACACUCAGAGUCGACAUGAGGACAGUGAAGAGCAGAGGAUGAACCAAAGCGCCCUCAACAAGUCAGCUGCGGGGGAAUGGCUGGUCCGCCUGGAGAGUCGAACCAAACACCUGAAGAACCUCAAUGACAACUUCAUGAGGAAGGUGAAGACGGAGAAAUCAGCCAACCAGAGCUGAAUCACAAACCAAAACGAAGAUCCUCGUCUUAUGGCUCUCAUCCAGGUUGUUUCCUCCUGACUAGAUCCUUGCUUCUGUUGAAUCUACUCUGAUGUACGUCUGCUAAAUGAAACUGUAGAAUUUUAAGCUAAGAACCAUUUCCUUCAUCCUGCUGUUCAACACUAAUAAAGAGAUGUGUUAGCAAACAGA